UUACCAGAUUCCAGAUAGGGUUCGUGUAAGCUUUUAUUAGGUUUUCCCUCUACUUUUAGCGCUAUAUAAACCAUAAUCGUCCUCUUCAGCCCCCUUCUCUUAGCUGCUCUCCGGCGAAUCACCGCCGUUACCCUUCCUAGAUACAAACCAUCGUGUAUUUCUAUAAAUCGCUCAGUACGUGUGCUCAAAUGCACAUGAUACAAAGAAAGAAUCUAGAAACACAGGAAUACACUGAAACAUAUAUCUUUCCCCUUGUUAGAAAACCGAUAAGUAUCAUGUCAUAUGAGCAGACUGUUUAAUCGAUCAUUUGGUGGCGUAUUUGUUCGAACACAGAUAAGCAGAGACAGACCUAGGGUUUUGAAAUUUGUCACAAAAAGGACGGAAGCAAGUCGGCAACUCCUACUGAAAAAUAGCUCACAGGGUUUUGAUUAAUUAGUCGGUUUAUACACACAGAAGGAGAUUGCAGAGAGCUUGUUUGUGAGAUUUUGAAAAAAAAAUGGAGGAUGCGAUACUUGACGAGAUUAUCAGGAAGCUUUUAGAUGCCAAGGGUGGACGUGUUCCGAAACAGGUGCAGAUCACGGAGGCGGAGAUUCGGCAGCUUUGUGUCGCUGCGAAGGAGGUUUUUCUCAGCCAACCUAAUUUGCUCGAACUUGAAGCUCCUAUCAAGAUUUGUGGUGAUAUCCAUGGACAAUAUUCAGACCUCUUAAGGUUAUUCGAGUAUGGUGGAUACCCUCCAGAGUCAAAUUACUUAUUCCUAGGAGACUAUGUCGAUCGUGGUAAACAAAGCAUAGAAACAAUAUGCCUUCUGCUUGCAUACAAGAUAAAAUACAAAGAAAACUUCUUUCUUCUCAGGGGAAACCACGAAUGUGCUUCCAUCAAUCGCAUAUACGGCUUCUACGAUGAAUGCAAAAGAAGGUUCAAUGUCCGUUUAUGGAAGACAUUCACUGACUGUUUCAACUGCUUACCUGUUUCUGCUCUUAUUGAUGAAAAGAUUCUCUGUAUGCAUGGAGGAUUAUCCCCUGACCUUAAAAACCUUGAUAACAUUAGAAACAUAGCACGCCCUGUUGAUGUCCCUGAUCAGGGGCUUUUAUGUGAUUUGCUAUGGGCUGAUCCCGAUAGAGAUGUCGAAGGCUGGGGAGAGAAUGACAGAGGCGUGUCGUAUACUUUUGGAGCUGAUAAAGUUGCAGAGUAUCUUGAAAAACAUGAUCUCGAUCUUAUAUGUCGCGCUCACCAGGUGGUUGAAGAUGGGUAUGAGUUUUUUGCAAGCAGACAGUUGGUGACUAUAUUUUCAGCUCCAAAUUACUGUGGUGAGUUUGAUAAUGCUGGAGCAAUGAUGAGUGUGGAUGACACGUUGACAUGUUCGUUUCAAAUUCUCAAGGCAUCAGAAAAGAAAGGGAGGUUUGACUUUGGUAACAAUAUGUUAAGACCAGGAACUCCACCACAUAAGGGUGGAAAGAGAUGAUUAUUUUUCACAAGAAGCUGCGAAAUGUUUAUGAAAAGAUGAUUAUGUUGUGUUGUGUGGUUUCUUCGUAUGUUGUCUAGCGUGAUAUUGUUACUACAAAAGGUACAAUUGCCAAAGCUUUGGGUACUUGCUAUAUUUGCAUCUACAUCUGAUGCCUUUUUUAAAAAAAAAAUGUAAAAUGACAAGUUACAUCUAAUUCUUGAACUAUUGUUGAA